AUGGCACCAUUAACCAAAAGAAGCAAACAACUUCUAAAAGCUCACCCAGUAAUACAAAAUCAAACACUGAUAGAACCACCAAUUGACCUUAAUAUUUCCUCAACAUUUAGUAAUAAAGCUGUAAAAGCUAAACAGGAAUUAAUGAAUAAAAUCAAUAUUUUACCUGAGAAGCAAAUUUUUUCUACUUUAUCUAAAUGGAAUCAAGAUGUGGCAAGAAUAACAGUUUCAGAAAAUCUUCCAGGGACCACUUCUCAAUUCUCAUCAUAUGGGAUCGUGGCAGAUGAAAGUACAAGAGGAUCUGGAUCGGUGCAAUUCAGAUACUGUACUUGA